AUGGGUACCAUCACCAGUACACUCACCAGCACCCUCCUCUUCCUCACCACCAUCGCCCUCGCCGAGUCCCCAGCAGGGACCCCGCGCAUCAACUCCAUCAGCUACUCAGGCAGCGGAUGCCCACAGACGCAGGCCCGGUUCAGUGGCAGCCUGGACGACCCGACCCUCACCUUCAACCACUUCGCCAUCGAGUACCCUAACACGGUGAACCGGACAGCCAACUGCCAGGUGCACGUGCAGGCCCAGGGCGUGUCGGCCGGCUGGCAGGUUUCCGUCAAGGACACGUUCGUGGAUGGCCACGUGACGCUGGACCCGGGCGCGACGCUGGAUUACUUUUCGACUGUUUACUUUAGCUCUAGUGCGGAUGAUUCUGCCACCAGCAAGGGACAACUCUCCAACGACGGCUCGUCUAGAAUCGACAAGGCAGUGACCCUCCAGAACCACUUCACCGACAAGGCCUGGUCGUCGUGCACCACGUCCUCGAAUGACGGGUUUGGGAUUCUGAACAUCAACUUCCGUGGUGCUCUGCGCAACGAAAAGUCGUACUUUGAGGCGACUAGCGAGACCUGGGACUUUGAGUGGAGGAGGUGCUGA